AGUUUGUUAACAGCUGUUUACGAGUAAAAAAUCCUAAAAAACUCGGCAAAUACCGCAAAGAAUUAAAGGAACUUGAUUUGACUUGAUCUACAAUUUCUUCACAAGUAAAAUAGGUUCAACAAUAAGUAUAAAAUGGUUCGCAUUGGUUUGCAAAUCUCUGCUACUUUAGAGAAUAUCGAUAGACUGGAAACAAAUCACCCGGAUUAUCCGUUUUUUGUGAAAAUAAAAUGCUCUAAUUGUGGUGAGCCGUCAGACAAAUGGCACGACAUAACGGAAUCAGAGCGUAUGCAAGCAAGUGCUGAAGCACGAAAUCCUGAAGGUUUCAACUUUUAUAUGAAAUGUAAAAUGUGUGGCCGUGAAAACAGCAUUGAUAUAGUGGAAAAAACGAAUUCGCCUUACACACAUGAAGAUGCGGGCAAGUUCAAAACAAUUGUGGUCUUCGAUUGCCGUGGAGUGGAGCCUAUUGACUUUUCACCGCGUAAUGGCUGGAUAGUGCGUUCUGCAGAAAAUGGUCAAACGUUCGAAGAUGUGGAUCUAUCCGAAGACGAUUGGGUUGAAUAUGAUCAGAAGAAUAAAGAAUCUAUUGGUGUAUAUGAAUUCGCGUCGCAAUUUGUAAAAUUGAAGAAAUAAUAUGAAAAUUCUACAUUAUAUAAAUACAUACAUAUAUGUAUAUACACGUAUGUAUUAUAGAGUUGAACAGUUGCUUAAAGACAACAUGAAGUGUUUGUUCGCUGCCUAUGAUAUUCUUGUAAAAGUUUGUGUUUGUGGAGAAUCAAUAUCAAUAGAUUUAUAAACCUAAUUCAUAAAAAUCGUAAAAAUUAAUUUUGCAAUGUAUUUGUUGAUAAUAUUAAACAAACGGACGAAAAAAAAAAUAAAAAAGAUGAUAUUAUUAAUUGUAUAGAUUAUCGUAACCUCCUUAAACGGGAGAGUGGUGAUUCCUUAUAAAAAUGCUAAAGAAAUAAAUAUCCUUUUUUGUUAUGAA